AUGAUUAUAAUUUUUUCCUUAAAUAAUUUCAGGCAACCCAGUAACCCAAUCUUAAGGUUAUUGUGAAAAGUAAAUUAUUAAUAGCGAUUUAAAGCCGAUAAUCUUCUUUUUUCAGGCACUGAGCCUGAUGCAUUAAUAAAGAUUAUUGACUUUGGAUGCUCUAGACGGUUUAAUUCCAAAAGAAUAUGACCAUUAAGUUAGGGACUGUAUGUUAUGAAAUUAAUAUCAAGUCAUAUUACAUUUUACCUAAAGUCUUAAAUCGUAGUCAUAAUGAGAGAUGUGAUGUGAUGUGUGGUUGUGAGGGUAUCCUCUAUUCACAGGAAAUAAGAAUGAAAUAUUUGAGAAGGCCAAAAUAGGUAAAUCCAUAUUCCCAAGUAAUUUUCAAUCUUUAUUAGAUUAGUUAAGGAAUGGGAUCCAAUAAGCAGAGAAAAAAGAGCUAAUUCAAUGAAUGCUUUAAGUAGAUGUUACUUUAAAAUAUUCAGCAUCACAAGCAAUGAACGACCCUUGGAUUUCCAAGCAUUUGCUAGAUACUCAAAGAAAUAAAAAGUUUCAGAGAAUUUUGGUUUAAUUCCAAGCCUAAAGUGAAAUCUAGAGCUCCAAUUAUUUUGAAUAUAAUUAGUUAAAUGACUACCAAUAAAUAAUUAGAUGA